AUGCCAAUAUUCAAGAGUGGCCAGGUUUACCCUUUGCAAACUUUAGAAACAUUAUCUUUGUUAUUUUCACGAGGAAUGAAAAGAGCCGCAUCACCAAAAGCUGAACAACCACCUCAUAGCAAAAAGGUGGUCGAUGCCAAAGGGUUUAGAGUACGUCAACAAAACAUCGAUAAACACAAGAUAACUAGUGAAAACACUGCAACUCAAAAAUCAAUACAUGAAGAAGAAACUGAAGGUGCCAAUUACCUAAUUGAAGGCAGAUUGCGUCGUGUUACGCCAUAUUUCUAUACAUAUUUAACCUACUGCAAGUUGCGUUGGCAAGAUAGGAAAUUGAUCGAUGUCUUCAUUGAUGAAUUUAGAGAUCGUACUCCUGAUGCAUAUCGUAAGGCAGUAGAGGGAGGGUUGGUCAAAGUUAAUUCCAAAGUUGCAAAUUUAGAGACGAUUUUGCGCAAUGGUGAUUUGAUAUCUCAUAGAAGUUAUCGUCGUGAACCACCUGUUAGUUCUAGAGAAAUAAAAAUUGUUUUUGAAGAUGACGAUUUACUUGUGAUAGAUAAGCCAAGUGGGAUACCUGUGCAUCCAACAGGUAGAUAUCGAUACAACACCAUCACUAAAGUGUUUGAACAUGAAAUGGGUAAAAUUGUCCAUCCAUGUAAUAGACUUGAUAGAUUAACCUCGGGGUUGAUGUUUUUGGGGAAACUGUCUAAAGGAGCAAAUAAUAUGAUGCUGCAGAUUAGAGAUCGGAAUGUCACCAAAGAAUAUAUUGCCAGGGUGAAGGGUGAAUUCCCUCUUGAGCGUCUUAUUGUGGAUAAACCAUUGUCUACUAAGUCUCCCAAAUUGACAUUAAAUGUAGUCGAUACGGAAAAUGGGAAGGAAGCUAAAACUGAAUUCCAAAGAGUGUCAUAUGACCCAAUGACCAACACCUCUGUUGUUAAAUGUCACCCAUUAACUGGUCGAACCCACCAAAUUCGAGUGCAUUUACAGUUCUUGGGGUAUCCAAUAGCUAAUGAUCCACUAUAUUCUAGUGAAUUUGUCUGGGGCGAGAACUUGGGGAAAAGCGGUGAAGCUGAUUUGGAUCAAGUGAUGGCAAAACUAGAUCUAAUUGGUAAAUCUCGUGCAGCAACUUCAUGGAUUCAUCCACAAGGUGAUGGGGAAGUUGCGUUGGAUGAAAUCUGUCCCGUUACUGGCUUGCCCCUUUAUUCUGACCCAGGUCCAAACGAUUUGGAUUUAUGGUUGCAUGCAUAUAAAUAUGAAGCCGACGAUAAAUCUUGGUCUUAUAAAACAGAGUACCCAGAAUGGGCGCUAGAACCAAGUAGAAAAUUUAUGGAGAUGGCUAUAAAAGAGGCUGAAAAAUGUGGAAAAACUCAAACUCAGUUUAACGUUGGAUGUGUUUUGGUUCAUAAUGGGCAGGUAAUCUCGACAGGUCAUUCACGUGAAUUGCCUGGCAAUACUCAUGCUGAACAAUGUGCGUUGGAGAAAUAUUUUUCCAAAAAUGGCGGGGAAAGAGAAGUGCCUUCAGGAACCGAAAUAUUUACUUCUAUGGAACCUUGUUCUUUGAGACUAAGUGGUAAUCUACCUUGUGUUGAUAGAAUUUUACAAACAAAAAGCAUUAAAACGUGUUUUGUGGGAGUUUUAGAACCAGAUAUUUUUGUAAAGAAUAACUCCUCCUAUAAAAAAUUAUUGGAUCAUGGGGUCGAAUACAUUCAUAUACCAGGAUAUGAAGAAACGUGCCUUGAAAUUGCCAAAAGAGGUCAUGAAAAUAUUCAAAAAUAA